ACCCGCACGGCAGAGCGGAGGCUGGCACCACCAGCACAGGAAGGACCCUUUGUGCUUCACCCACUGACUGGCACCCGCUUCGUCCGAGAGGCAUCACCGGCAUCCGUCCAGGCAGGGGAGAACGCUGCGUGAAGCACAAUGGGACCGUUCCAAGAAUAUGAAGAAAAGAAAUCGCCGGAGAAGGGAAGCCCACGCAGCCGCAUCCCUCGACUGGUCCUCCAUCCUUUCAGGCCGAAGGACAAAGGAUCGCCUCUGUCCGAUUCCCCUUUCUCAGAGGAGGAAGCCAAGGACUGCGACAUCAGCUCCGACCACUCCAAGAGGACCAUCAGCACAAACAGCUUUUGCUCUGAUGACACCGGCUGCCCCACUAGUCAGUCUGUGUCCCCCUCCAAAACCCCGUCAGGCUCAGAGCGGAGCGCCCGCGGGUCGCCGGUACUCCCAGAGCGCAAGGCCAAAGUGAAGAGGGUGAGGGUGAUGGCCGAGUGGAGCGGCGAAGGACGGAGCGCCCCGAGGCACAAGAGGGAGCUGCGCUCGGCCAUGAAAGCCAGAGGUAGCGAGGCAGACUUCAGCUCUUCCAGCAGCUCUGCCAGCCUGAAAACCAGAGAGAGCAUGAACUCAAGUGGAAAGAAGCCCUCUGCUCGCAGUCGGGUCAAUCCCAUCCGACCGCUCCCAGUGUUCAAACCAGCCGGGAGUCCGUCAGCCAACCGCGAUGCCGAGCUCUACGCCCCCUACAGGACUCCUCCCAGAAGCCUCCCAGCUGCCUCCUCGACCAACAGCAGCAGCUGCAACUCCAGCCCCACAUCCAGAAGAGCGAAUCCAAGUCGUUACCACUCCUGCAGAGACAACCACGGAAUCAGACCCCCGAAUCCUGAGCAAUACCUCACCCCUCUGCAGCAGAAGGAAGUUGCAAUCAGGCACCUGAAGACCAAACUGUUGGAGUCUGAAAACAGAGUUCAAGACAGAGAGACGGAGAUUGAGGAGCUUAAAGGGCAGCUUGGCAGAAUGAGAGAGGACUGGAUUGAAGAGGAAUGUCACCGGGUGGAGGCUCAGCUCUCUCUCAAAGAAGCUCGCAAAGAAAUCAAGCAGCUGCGCCAGGUGGUGGAAACCAUGAAGAGCAGCCUGAUGGAGAAGGACAAGGGCAUACAGAAGUACUUCAUCGACAUCAACAUCCAGAACAGGAAGCUGGAGUCCCUUCUGCACAGCAUGGAGCUGGCCCAGAGUGGCUCCAACCUCCAGGAGGAGAGCGCCUUGGACUUUCUCUGCGACAGUGCCGACGGCGGCAGGAAAAAGAUGGCGGGGGAGGAAGAUGGCGGGAUGGAGCUGGGAGACCAAGGGGCGGAGGCCAUGGCGGACAGCGGGCUGUUGGUGAACGAUGAGAUGGCCAACAGGGCGGACAUUUUCGAUCAGGUCUUCAUGUCCACUGCCAUGGAUUUCAGUCAGGACAGUAACGGCAAGCUGAGGGCCGGGGCAGAGACGGGGUCUGGGACAGAGACGGGGUCUGGGGUGUCUGCGCCGUCUGAAGAUGGACAGUUGGCUAAGAUUCCUACCGGCACAGAGGAUAAAGGAAUCCAGACGGACGUGGCCCCCGUGUCUCCGGACCUGCAGGCCCUCCUCCUCCAGCUGCUGAAGUUCCACGGUGCCACGAUGGGGGAAGCAGCUCCGUUAGCACCGGGCGGCUUUCUGGGAUCCUCCAACCUGUCCACUGCCGACCAAACGCCCCCCCGACCCAGCGCGCCUCCAAACACCCCCGACGUCUCCGCAAACCCCGGCACGUGUUGCUCAGAGUCCUUAGAAAGCCAGCGGUUCAUGGAGGAGCUGGACUUUGGCGUCAUGGAAGAGGGGCGGGGCCUCUCUCCAGGACUGGAUGCGGUCGGAAAGCGCUACUGGAGCAACAGCUUCCUGGUGGACCUGGUGGCGGUGGCAGCCCCGGUGCUGCCCACGGUGGCCUGGCUGUACUCGCGCCACGGCGUGGACGGAAGCGCGCCGGUGUACAACAUCGCGGCGCUGAUCCGGGGCUGCUGCGUCAUGGGACUCCACUCGCUUCGUCACGCCACUCACAGGCCGGAUGUGUAACGGCCUCCCACCCGCAUGCAGCUACACGCAACCCUGAACUCAGAGCACUUAAGCAUCUUUUGGAAACUAUUUGUGAGAUGUGUUUUUGUCUGACAAUGCAGUUUUUUUUGUUUUUUUUUUUUGAUUCCAGCACUAUUAUUUUGCACUGUACAGUUACCAUUGAGGCAGACCGGUGACACGAAAGGGAUUAUUUAUCAAAGGGUUUAUUUAUAUAUUCAUCAUUUACAUGUGUAAACAGAUCAUCUGGGUAGAUGGUUAAGUAUUCUCAUUGUCCUGUGGUGUCCCUCUCGGUGUUCUCCCGUUUCAAAAAAAAUGUUCUUCGUUUGGAUGAGAGAAAUGUGAAAGACUAAAUGUUAGUUCGACAGGUUUGGAAUUUAAGUUGUUGUUCAAGAAGAAACCUUAAACCUUCAGCCAAAGCUUUAAUGUGAAUUCACUGUUUUGUGAGGUGUAAAUAUCUAUUUUUUUUUUUCCUUGGGAGUAGAGCUUUACUUGGUACAGCUUGUGUAUUGUUCAUAGAAAUAAGCUGAUGCUUCACAGCAACUGACACUUGUUAUGUGCCUGAGCAAUGUGCAAUACUGUUGGUUUACAUCAAAAUGUCCCCGUAUCUUUAUUAUUAAAGCAUGAUAAUUCUGG